AUGGCAGAUGUGUUAUUUUGCGCUAAACUUCUAGGACAGUCUAAAAUGGGUUUAACUCUUUCUAAUUUAUUCAGUCGUCUUUUUUUAAAGAAACAAUGCCGCAUAUUGAUGGUUGGACUCGACGCUGCCGGUAAAACAACAAUUUUGUACAAACUUAAACUCGGUGAAAUCGUAACUACUAUUCCGACCAUAGGUUUUAACGUAGAAACUGUGGAGUACAAAAACAUCAGUUUUACUGUGUGGGAUGUUGGUGGUCAGGACAGAAUCAGACCACUCUGGCGACAUUACUACCAGAAUACAGAAGGUCUUAUUUUCGUGGUAGACAGUAACGACAGGGAACGAGCAGACGAAGCGAGGAAAGAGUUAGUGAACAUGCUGUCCGAAGAUGAACUGCGCGACGCGGUGCUGCUGAUCUUUGCCAAUAAACAGGACUUGCCGAAUGCGAUGAACCCUGCGGAGUUGACCGAUAAGCUCGGAUUAAAUCAACUGAGAAAUCGAAAGUGGUACAUCCAAGCUGCAUGCGCAACCCAGGGCGAUGGAUUAUACGAGGGACUGGAUUGGCUAUCGAAUGAACUUUCCAAGCGAUGA